UCUUUCAGUGUAAAACUUUUUCCUAAUAUCCAACCUAUAUUUCCCUUGGCGCAGCUUAAGAUUACCAGCAGUGAUUCUGAACCAGCAAUGUUCCUCAGGGCUCAAUUCUAGGGCCAGUUCUGUUCAAUGUGUUUAUUCUACAUAAAUUGUGUAUUGAGCAGUGAUUAUUGGAAUGAAAUUGAACAAACAAGUCCAAAUGCUGGAUCCUGAAUCUGGGGACAGAAUUACCGCCAGGCACGAGUGCAAACUGGGAGAGGAGUCUGGGGAGCGCCCUGCAGGGAGGGCCCUGGGGGUGCAGGUGGCAGCAGCUCAGUGAGAGUCAGCAGGGUGUGCCUGGGCAGCCCAGAGGGCAGAAACCGUGUCCUGGGGGCAUCAAACAGGCAGCACAGCCGGGUAGAAGGGGGGAUCACCCUGCUGUGCUCAGCCCUGGUGCGGCCUCACCCGGAGUGCUGGCAGCACAUCCAAGCCUCACAUUUUGAGGAUCUGAAGGUUCUUGAAUGUGUUCAGAUGAGGGGAACUGCUAAAGAAUUUUUUUAAAUCAGGCUCUCAUCUCCAUCAGACAGAUUUAUUGGUACAAAUCAACUGUGUUACAUGGUAGCUUAAGCCAGGUGCCUCAAAAGAGGGACCCCAACAAAGAAAUCCCAGGGCAAUUACACCCUUAUGAUCUAAACUCCCUAUCCCUCAAGUGACGGUCAGGAUCAAAAGCAUUAUUAUAUGGGGUCUUCUCACUCUUCAUUGGGUCACUCUUUCACUACCAAGUGGUUUGCCUUCAUAUCCUCUUAGACUGGUUUUGCUGAGGAUUUUGAUCAGUUCUGUCGUCCAUGUUGUAUCAUGGUUGUUACAGGUCAUAUACCACGAGUUAUGUGCCUUCCAGCUGAAACAGAGCAGACUCUUCUAAUUUCAUGUAUUACCUGAAUUUGAUGAAGAUGUUAAUGGGUAUAAAUCAGUUGCUGAAUGGCCUGGGAAGCUGCUGAAGAAGGUGGUGGUUGGUUGGUUUUUUUUCAUCAUGUGAAUGAUUUUGCUGGAUGGCCGAGUCACUUGUGGCCUGUGACUCUGCUCCUCAGAUUGUGGUCCCUAAGGUAUUAACUCUGCUUUGAUGACACUUAAAGACAUGCUUUCACUUCAUCUGAAAAAUUAGAAGCACUUCUGUUUUCUUUUGACUUUGAAGGUGUAUCUGACCAAUUUUCUCUGUAUUUUUGGCUUUUUCUUUGAUGCUUUCAUUUUCUUUCUAUUGCGGACUUGUGUGACUUAUGGGCUGACUGUUUAUAGUCUCAUAUUGGGGAUUAAUCACUAGCUACAGAAUCAGGAUGUUUUUACGGUUACUGUGUGUGAGAACAUCAGUGUGAAGGAUCUUUUAUCCAUUUUCUUGCAAGCAAUAAAUCUUGUAAUGUCAGCUGCUGAAACAAUUUUUAGUUUCACUGAGGAGUUGUUGGAGAGCUUACAAUUAUUCUGUGGUCAACUAAUUAAGUCUGAAAUUAUAACUAUUUAAAUAUGUGGUUCUCCUUUUUCCCAAUGACCAUUUUAGCAUCUGGUCUAUUGAAUAUGUCAGAGCUCUCUGAAAAAUGAUAUUUUAGCUUUGUCAGAGUUGCAAACACCAUCCUUCUUGAGAUUUUAAGUUGCUUUUAUAUAUGUCCUUUUUUCCCCCCAAGGCUUUAAUUCUGAAAGAGAAACAGGACAAUGUAGGGCUGUCAUAGCCAUUUCAUUCUAUCUAUCUUUUGUUAAGCUUGCUACCACAAGGUUGGUAUCAGCACUGUGGUUUACCCUUUUUGGUUUAGUUUGCUUUUGCCAUAUCUCUCUUAGCUGAAAUAGCAAAGGAAAAAAAAAAAAAAGGGAACUCUGAAGCUGUGCCUGUACUGCUGGGCAUCUUCAAAAAAACACUUUCAAAAAAAUGAGCUAGGAAAGCAUUACAAUUAGAGGGAAGGUAGCAGAGUAAAACUUUGUGUGAGAUUAUAAUGGUAAGUGGUGUUAAUUUGAAAAAAACUUAGUUGAUUUUCAUCAUUCACAUGAUGCAUGGAGUUCAUUGGUGCAUCUGUAACAGAAGCAUCAACACAUGGAUGGUCCAGAUGGUGUGGCCAGGAUCACUUGUGGGCCAAGAGGAUGACAAGGGAAGCAGGUUGUUGUCUUCAUCAUGCUGCUGAGCUUCUUCAUGGUACUGUCAAGUAGUUUUUGGACAAAUCUUUCAUACUCUUCAGGAGUCAUCGGUGGCUAUGGGAUGGGUCUUUGCUGUAGAAACUUGCUGACUUCAGGUUUCAUAAAUCUUUUUAUGUGGUUUUGUUUUGUUAGGGCUUUUUUUAAACUUUUUGUUGUAUGUUUUUUCUUUAUCUGAAUAUUUGAAAUGCAUGCUCAAGGUCUGUUUUUCUAUUGGGCCAACAGGAGGAGAAAUUGUGUUUGUGGUAUUCUGCAAUCUUGUUACCAUCCUUCUGGUACAGGAUCUUUUGCUGAUGAGUCAUUUAUGCUGUGUUAUUACCAGAGUGGAGACCUUUUGGCCAUUACAUAAACAGUAUAUUUCUCAAUUUCAUUGCUGGGAAUAGUGUCCUGAAAACAGUGUCCAGGGAAUGGCAUCCUUCGUUAUUGGUACAGGCUGUGCUUUUAACCCUUGGUUCACAUGCCUGGGGGUGUACAAAGUCACACUCUCUUACAGUCAUCAUAUGGCAGUCAUGUCAAUCUUAGUAUUUCUGUUAAGAUUGGCAUGACAACUUUCAAGUGGAAAAAUAGAAAUAAAAUUUUAACAGAGUUAAAAAAAGAAGAAACUAUGCAUUUUUGUGUUGAACUCUAUGGGCUGAUUGUUAACAGCUGCAGUUUAAGAGGAAGAACAUGCAUUUGACGCAGGGAGAAGUCAAAAACCUAACUUUCCCAUCUUUCUUAGUUUGGCUUGCUCAGGAGGCAUUUUGGAAGAUUUCCUGUAUGUGGUUUGCAGGCAAUGAGAUCCUCCUUUUCCAUCUUAUUCCAAACUUCCCAUCUUGUGUAUUUAUUCAGUGGAACUGCAAGUAUUGGGUACAUUCUUCUCAGUGGAACUUACUGUCUUCCUUAAUAAAAACAUUUCUUUGCUCUUGUGUAACUUUUAUGCAAGCUAAAGCAUUUCCAAGGCAUUCCAUGUAUAAACUGCACAUCAUGAAAAAUAUUUGUUUUAUAUACAACCAGUUUUGCCACAGAGGCCAUUGAAUGGUAUUUUAGCAUUGGUUUGUUGGGGUUUAUUUCAUAAAUCAUCUCCCCACACACAUUUGCCGGUGGAGGGUCCCAUUACCAGAAUUAGCCAGGUAAACUGAACUCAGAAUUUAAUUCUAAGUGCUGAAGUCAGAGGUGCAUUCUGCAGUAAGAUACAAUGUUUUCUCACCUUGUUUCUCUCCUCUCCCCACUCCCUCUCUGUUUACAGGUUGUUCUAAUAUUUGUCUGUGUGUUGACAAAAGAAUCUGUAGAAAUUACUCCAGUGCCAUAUAGACUGCAAGUCCAUCGGGCAGCUUUGGAUGGAAGAGGCCCCUCUAACUCUUUGAGGAGAGAAAAAAAACAGAUGCACUGUCUCCUGGGACAAUACCUACACCCCAGGAAGACCCACUGCUGCAUGAGGUGUCAUGCAGGUACCUACAAGGCAAAAGACUGUGAUGGGCCUGACCAGGCAACUGUCUGUCUUCCGUGUGCCAAUGGCACAUUCACAGCUGUUGAUAACACCAUGUCCAAAUGUUUCCGGUGCACACGCUGCCGUACAGAACUCCAGCAGAUAGUAGAGACCCCCUGCACCCCACAGCAAGAUACUGUAUGUGGAUGUCAGAAGAAUCAGUAUCAGAUUGAUUCCGAGUCUGAAUUCUUCCAGUGUAGGAACUGCAGCUCAUGUGCCAAUGGGAUUAUUGCCAGCUGUUCAAAGAACAAAGAUACAAUUUGCAGGUGUAAGCCUCAAUUCUUCCUGUCACGUAAUAACAUUUGCAAGCCCUGCAACAGCUGCACUGGAGAGGACUGCUUGUGGUGUCCUAGCUCAGUUGUUACCUCACCGACUUCAUCUGGGCUGAAUGGAAACGUUGUACUUGGCACCCUUGUUGCAAUAUUUGGAGUUAUCUCCAUCCUCUUCAUUGCAUAUAAAGUAGGGAAGCUGGUCCAGAAGAAUAGGAUAGAGUCGUGUUUCUACUCCUGUGUUUCUUUGCCACAGACAACCGAGGAGCCUGUAUCAGAGGUUGAGGAAAAAAGAAAUGAAAUUUUCACCCUUCUUCCUGAGUCCAAGAAGGAAACAGAAUUGCCAGUAAACACAACCCUACCAUCUGCACCUCUGCCACAGAGUUCACAUGAGUUACCAGACUGUGUCAGAGCUGCCAGGAAGACACAGGUUCCAGACGACCCUGCUAUUCUGUACACUGUGGUGGAUCACGUGCCGCCGUCUCGCUGGAAGGAGUUUGUGCGGCGCCUGGGCCUGAGUGACUUGGACCUGGAGCGGAUUGAGCUGGAGCACCGGCGCUUGCGAGACGCCCAGUAUGAAAUGCUCAGACUCUGGAAACUGCAGAUGGGCCGUGCUGCCACUGUGGAGCACAUCACCUGUGUCCUCAACCAGAUGGAGCUCAGUGGCUGCAGUGAGGCUGUUCAAGAAGCUUUGCUAAGCCAGAACUCUCCUCAGUCUUGCAGCCUCCACAACCAUCUUUAAUCUGUUUCUGCUUUAGCUGCCUUUGACUAUUAAGAGGGGAUCGUAGCUCUCUUUCUUUCCCUGUAUCUCCCCAUCUUUGUAACACUCGUCAGCUGGUUUUGGUGGAGACAGCAGCAGAUUAUGCUGGAGGAAGGCUGAGGUUUGCUUCUUAACCACCAUGUAGUUCAACACCUUUAAGCCACGGCAGACCUCUGCAACACCUCCUUUCCCAAGGAGGGAAAGCACCUCAUAAAGGAAGUGGUGUGUGAACUCUGACCAAGAUGCAAAUAGGAGCUCUGAGUGACUUGAUCAUAGAUCAGCUUCUAUGGACAAGUUGUUGCUGAACAGGUGCUCCACACAUCAUGUGGUGGGUAAAUUUAUAGGGUGCUUUGAUUAAGCUGACUGCUCAGAUGUUAAAGUACUCACUCACUUCUUGCAGAUCUAUUUUUCUGCGAGAUCAACCGGUUGAAGUGGCUCAUAUUGCAGCCUUUUGAUUGCUAAAUCUGACUCAGAGGAAGUGGUGGGAGGACGUGCCUAUUUCUGGGAGCAGGAGAGGAUUGCCCUCUCUCGGUGUCAACCAGUACCAUCUAGUACGUAUCUCCACAGCAAGACUCCUGGAGAUUCAGAACUGGUUCUCUCUCUCCAAGAAACAGGAUGUUAUCCUUUCCACACCAUGCCCCUCAGUUCCCACAGGAGUAAGGAUUCCAAGUCAGUGAGUCAGAUGAGAGAAUUGGUGCUUUUUUUCUCAAGUUUUUUUUUUUCUGUAUCUAGAAACCAUGUAAGUUAGCAUUAACAAAACACCUGCCUGUGUGUUUGUCCAAGUGCUGCAGGGUGGCAAGGAGUGUGUGCAUCUGCCUGAGUGAGGUGGUACCUGUGCAUGAGCAUGUCCUCUGCAAAUCUGUGUUUGCACACAGAGGCUUGUGUCUACCUGCUUAUCUACAUAUGGAUAAUCUGAUGAAUCUAACUGCAGAUGGGACUGUGUACGUGUCUGUAGAUAUUUUAGUAGCUGUUGAAUAACUUUACACUACUUCCUGGACUGUGUUCUGUGAUUGCUGCUUGCCUGUGGGAGCCACUGGGUACCAUCUCCAGGCUCUCCCCAUCACUUUCUCACUGGAAUUACCCUGGGUGGGCCAGACGUAGCAAAAAUCAAUUAGCCUGCACCAGGUGCAGACUGUCCACGUGUUUGUAACAUGGAUUUUUUCACUCUCUAAUCCCUCGACCAGACAGAAAGUUUCUAUUGUAAAUACACUAAAUGUUCUGAAUUAAAAUGGGUAUUUUUACCUCUGUU